AUGAUUACAAGAAACCUGCUCCUGUUGGUUUCCCUGUGCCUGUGGGAGGGGCUCGCGGGAGUUGCCUCGGCCAGUAAGAUCGUACGGAGGAGAGGAGUGGGCGGAUCGCACAUGCUGAAGCUAGGGGAGAGCAGUGCGGCGGACCAAUGGGACGCAAGCGUGGACGCCAACGCAAUGCCCGUGGUGACUCUUAGGAACCUGAUUAGUCACGAGCAGGCGGGGGACCCCGGCUCGUUCACUCUGUCCAAAAUGUUGCAGAGUCAUGCUGCUCCCUCGGCGGCUAACAAGGAGAGGCAAGCUUUCAAGCCCAAGCGCGAGGUCGAUUCCAUAAGUAGAAAAGAAGGGACUCUGCGCAUUUUAGGUAGUAACAAGGAGGAGGUGAAGAAAGUCAAGAACAACACCAAGAACGCGGAGACUUCCGCCAGAACGGGAAGGCCCGAGAAGACAUUCACGAUCCACCAUAAACCAGAUCUGCACACCAACAAAACCCGGUUCAAAUCAGGCUCGAGAUCCAGGACCAGACCCGAUUUGAGGACGGGGCCGCGCUCUCGCACCAGGAGGAGCUGGAUCUGGAACCAGUUCUUUGUCAUCGAAGAAUACGCCGGGCCUGAGCCCGUGCUCAUCGGACGGCUCCACACCGACAUGGACAGGAACGAUGGACGCACCAAAUACGUCCUGCGGGGCGAGGGGGCCGGCUCGGUCUUCGUGAUAGACGAGAAGACCGGUAACAUCCACGUCACCAAGCCACUGGACCGGGAGGAGAAGGACGAGUACCGUCUCAUCGCCACGUCCACCGACAGGCAGACGGACCGCGCCCUGGAGCCCUCGUCACAGUUCAUCAUCCGGGUGCAGGACAUCAACGACAACCCGCCCAUCUUUGACGAAGGCCCCUACAUCGCCACCGUGCCUGAGAUGGCAAAUAUAGGCACGUCUAUAAUCCAGGUGACAGCGACAGAUGCUGAUGACCCGACUUAUGGCAACAGCGCCAAGCUAGUGUACACACUGGUGCAGGGCCAACAGUACUUCUCUGUCGAUCCCCAGACAGGCAUUCUGCGCACGGCCGUGCCCGACAUGGACAGGGAGACCCAGGACCAGUACCUGGUCCUGCUUCAGGCCAAGGACAUGGGGGGCCACCUGGGCGGAUUGUCCGGGACCACCACCGUCACCGUCCGGCUCACCGACGUCAACGACAACCCACCGCGCUUCACCCAGAGUAUGUGGUCCUUCUCCGUGUCCGAGCUGGCCAUCCCCGGGGCCGAGAUAGGGCGCAUCUCGGCGGCGGACGCCGACCUCGGCGAAAACGCCGAGCUGGAGUACACCAUCCUGGAGGGGGAGACCGGGGAGACGUUCAACAUCACGGGAGUGAACCAAGAGGCGGUCAUCACGCUCAACAAGGCGGUCGACUAUGAGAGCCGGAGCUCCUACUCCUUCUCCGUGGAGGUCCUCAACCCCGUCGUAGAUCCACGCUUCUUGCGCCGAGGCCCCUUCAAGGACCGGGCCUCCAUCAGGGUAGCGGUGCUGGACGCAGACGAGCCUCCGAGGUUCUCCCGAGCCCGAUACCACAUGGACGUGUCUGAAAACUGCCCGCCGGCCUGCACUGUGGGCCGGGUCAGCGCCGUCGACCCCGAUACUGGUCUUACCAACAACAUCAGGUUCUCCAUUGAUCCUCAGUCGGACCCGGAGGCUCUGUUCCGUAUCACGCCGGACACCGGCCUCAUCACCACAGCCAUGGAGCUGGACCGGGAGCGCGACCACUGGCACAACAUCACCGUGAUCGCCACCCAGAGAGACAAUCCCAGCCAGGUGUCCAGAGUGCUGGUUGCGAUAGAGACCUUGGACCUGAAUGACAACGCACCCGAGCUGGACAGACAGUACACAACGGCUUUGUGUGACUCAUCCUCCAUCGGGCAGGUGGUGCAGGUGUUGCGGGCGAUUGAUAGAGAUGAGGGAGGGAAUGACAGCACUGUGUAUUUCAGCAUCCCUCCGGAGUCCAGCUCUGCCCUCAACUUCAGCGUCAGGGACAGUGGUGGCCCCACAGCGAGCCUGGUGCUGCUGUCUCAGCUCCGGCCGCUGUCCCGCUCCGCAUCCUCCACCCUGACGCUCCACGUGCCGCUGGUCCUCAGGGACGGGACGUCGGGCCUCACCAGCACCGGGACGGUCACCGUGUCCGUCUGUCCCUGCCUGAGAGGAGGGGCCCGGGCGGUGUGUCUCCCUCAGCAGUCCACGCUGCCGUCCCCCGGCCUCAGCACCGCCGCCCUGCUGGCCAUCCUGGCGUGUGUCGCCACUCUACUGGCGGUGAGCGCCCUGUCGUUGUCGCUGCGCCGGCAGAAGCGCGACUCCCUGUCCCCGCUGGAGGAGGACGACGUGCGCGAGAACAUCAUAACGUACGACGACGAGGGCGGCGGCGAGGCCGACACGGCCGCCUUCGACAUUGCCGCGCUCCAGAGCGCCCCGCACAGCUCGCGCUCGCGCAGCUAUCGCACGCUCGACAGCAGGAAUGUACGUUACGCCCAUCAAACCCAAGAAAAGGCUCGCACCUACAGCUGGGCUCAGAAUCCGGGCGUGGAGCACAACUACUCAGGACCAGGAGGGCCUCUCUACGGUCGCCUCUGUUACAGCAGCCACACGCUGCCGGUCCUCCGGCGCGCACCAGGCGGAGCAUUUGAGCCCGGCCUGGCAGAGCUGGGAUACCGCUUUCCCGGAGGCCAGCCAGACCACUCUCUGGUCAUCCAGAACCAGGGGGCCGCGGUGGGGCCGAUGGAGUCCGGAGCGAUAUACAUAGCUCCCACCGACCUCAGCAACGGGAGCCGUAACGGAAGCCGCGACGGGACCGCACCCCAGAGUGGGAUGAGCACGUCGGACGGCGGGACUCCGAGGACCAGCGACAGCCAGGAUCGAGGAGGCGGGACGAGACCCGCGAGCAACUGUACCGAGGGGAGCAGUGAGGACAAAGGGAACCACAGUCAAGACGUGGACUGGGUGCAGUCGGAGACGCUACCCAGGGAGCAUCACCUCGUCAUGACCCGAUCCGGCUCCGUGAUGGGCCAGGGUCACAGCGCGGGAGGAUGGGGGGAGAUGUCUGGACAGAGGGACUAUCCCGGCAGCUUGGGGAGAGGAGUACUGGAGAUGGGCAGCAACUUUGUGCCCCGUGGAGCGUACGGCGGGGUGAUGGGCUUCGGGGGCGGCUGGGUUCCCGGAAUGGAGGCCGCGAGGGGAGCCCCGGGGCCCGGCGGCCCCUCCCUGGCACUGAGGGUGGGGGAGUUCCUGCGCCUGCGCCUCGCCCAGGUCACGUUUGACCCCUCGCAGCCGCCGUACGACUCUGUGCAGGUGUACGGCCUGGAGGGCACAGGGUCCCGGGCUGGAUCCCUCAGCUCCCUCGAGAGCGAAGGAGAGAAGGAUGCGGAGAAGGAGGAGUGGGGGGCGGGGCUGGAGGAGUGGGGCCCCCAGUUCCAGAAAUUAGCCCACCUCUUCAGAGACAGGGAGAAGGAAAGGGAAGAGAAGGAAAACGAUGACGCGGGUGCCAAAAAGGAGAGUGAAAAGAAAGACGAGCCGGGGAAGACGGAGAAAAGAGAGGGAGGGGAGCCGGCCGGGGAAGAGGGGAUGGACUGA